AUGAUUUUAAGAGGAGGAGGUUGUGGAAGUUCAACAACAAAUAAUUAAUUAAUUGUGAGUGCACCAAAACUAAUUGAAUAAAAGAUUCCACCAGAAUUGGUUAAUCAAAUAAAAUUUCAUUCCUUAAAAAUUGCUCAGAAUGCUCUAACACUUUUAGAUUAACAAUCAAAUUUAAUGAAUAGUUUUUAGUUUUUUUAAUUGAACGCUAGAGCAAUUUGGUUAUUAGUCAAAAAUUAAAAAUAUACAAAACAAGUUAUUGACUUGGUCUUAGAUAGUUUAGAAUAGCUUUUUCCUGCUUUUAAGAGUUUUAUCUAAUCAAAUUUAUAAUUUGCUCUUUAUACUUCAUAAAUAUUAACUUAAUUAGCUUGGGUAAUAUUUACAUUUUUUUCAACAAAUAAAGACAGAUUUUUAGAGUUAUCAAAAUAAAAAGAAUACUUAAAUGAGAUUGAUUAAUUUAGUGAAAGAUUGGAAAUAGAAAGUGAUUCAUCACGUUAUUAGAAUCAUAUUGAAUAUGAAAUAUUUGUAUUAUAAGCUAUAAUAUUUAUUACUCCUACAAAUACAACUGAAGGUCAAGAUAUAUUAACAUAAUUUUUAGGAGGAGCAUUUAAAGCUGUAGCAACAUUUUCUUUAAAUGAUGAUUUGAUUGAUAGCUUAAAAAACGGUGUUGCCUAUCUUUAUCAAUAAGGAAUUAAAUAUUGCAGACUCAAAAAACUUGAAUUAAUUUUUUCUUUAUUGACAUUGAAAUUUGAUUCUAUGGAUUUAUUAGAAAGAUAUGGAGAAACUUAAUAAAUUUUAGAAUAACUUGGUAAGGUUUUUAGUGAAAUAAUUAAAGAAUCAAAUGAUUGGGAAAUAUGGUUUACUUGGAUUUAACUCUUAUCCUAAUUAUAUUGUUUUAAACCUAUAUUAGAAAAUUUAACUAUUGAUAAAUAACUUUAUGAAUUAAUUUCAAUCAAAGAAUAUUCAAUUCCCAUCAUUAAUAAUAAACAUGUUAUUUCCCUUAAAAAUCAAAAUAUAUAAUCAGAUUAAAUUUCUAAAAAAUUAUUUGAUAGUUCUCAUAUUUUGUAAGGAUAAGCUCUUUUAUAGAUUAUGAUUUUUUAAGGACAAGGUUUACUGGAAAAUUUUGAAAAAUAAUACUUUGCAAAAUUAUAAAUAUAGAAAGACUCUUAAAAAGAUGAAGAAAGUCUUAUGCCUGUAACCUCAGCUAAAAUUUCAUAACUUAUAAAUAUAACUUAAAAAGUUUAAGAUGAUUUGUUAGAAUUUUAUCAAGUCAUAAAUUAAGAUGAUUUAACAGACUCAUCCAAAUUAAAAUAAGCUGAAAAGAUUUUGAAAAAUUAAUAAAAUGUUUUAAUUAAACUAUUGUAUGAAAUAGAUAAUAUAUAAAGUUUAUUAAAAAUUAUUGAAGUUCUUAUUUAGAAUUUAGAAUGUAAAGAUGAAAUUCAAGAAGAGUAUUAUUAAAUAUAACAAUUAAAUUGCUAAUAAUAUUUAAAUGACAAAUUAAAAUAUUAAAAUAACCAAUAUUAAUAAGCAUUUUAAGAUACAUUUUAAGAAAAUCAAUUUGUUGAUCUUAUAGAUAAAUUAUUUUCAAAUUCUUCUAAUUCAAAAGAAUUUUCAAAAUCACUUGAAGGAUUCAAAUAAAAUUAAAAUGAUUAAAAUGUUGUGAAAAGAUUGAUAGAUUCUCUUAAAAAAUUGUAGUUUGAUGAAAGUAAGUCAAGAAUACUGAGUAUGGAUUCUUUACUUGGAUUAAAUAAUGCAAUUCAUAUAGUGAUAUAAUAAAAAGUUUCUUUAUAUUGGAACCUAGAAUUAUCGCUUAUUUUAUAAGCAUAAUUAAGAUUAGCAAGUACUGAAAAAAACUUUAAAAAAGAUUCAUAUAUGUAUUAAUAAUUAGUUAAUUUUGGAAAUUCUUUGAUUCCAUAUGGACCUCUUCAUUAAUCUUUUAAAUUCUUAUAUACACAUUAUGCAUAAUGUGAAAGUAAUUAAAAAUUUAAAAAAACAGAACUUUAAUUUAGUAAUAAAUUAGAAAAACUAUUGAAGAAUUUAUUAAUUGAUAGUUUUGAAUAAAUGAAUCAAGUUAAUUAAAUUUUAAUAAAAAAUGUAUUUUAAAAUAUCAAUUAGACUGAAAAUGUUAAAUUUGAUUUAGAAAUUUUAAAUAUGUUAGAAAUAAAUUUGUAAGACUCAAUUUAAUAUAUUAAUUAAAUUUAAAGUUCAAUCAAAAUGAUUUCAGAUUUUUUAUAAUAUGAAAAAGAGUCUAAUAUUGAUAAAAAAGAUGAUAUUUAAUCAUUAAUAGAUUAAACAACUUUAAUAGAAAUAUAAUAAAUUUUCUUAUUAAAUUAAAUGAAUCAUUUUCAAUUAUAAUUAUGCCUUUAAAAAUUGAAUUCUUAUAAUGAAUCAUUUUGUAUGGUAUUUUUUAACUUUGGAAAUACAUUAAAAGUAGAAGAUAAUAAUUUUUAUACAUUAUUACAUGAAAAAAAACAAUGUUUAGAAUAAUUAGUAUUGUUUUUUGAGGCAUUAGUGUCUUUAAAUAUUUUAAAUAAGAAUGAUCAAGAAGUGGCAAGCAAAUUAAAGAUUGAUAUUGAAAAGAAAUUAUAAUAAUUAAUUGAUAUGGAUAUAACUAAACCAGGAAAACUUAAUUUUGAGAUAAAUAAUAAAAUUAAAGAUGAGAUAGGAAUUUAUUUAGAUUUAAUGAAUCAAUUAGAUGAACUUAGAUAAAAGUAAGAUAUUUCACUGAAAAAAAUAAAAUAAAAUAAAUCAAUUUGCAAUGAAAUUUUAUUAUAAUUUGAGAAUUUAAAAACAAUAAAGAAACUAAGUGAAUAAUUACCAGAAUAUAGUAUUUCACUAAAAGAAACUGAAAAUUAUAUCAUAGAACUUAUGAAAUAAUUAAGCAAAAAUAAUUUGUCAGUAAAAGUUUAAUAUGAGACAAUUUAAAGUUUAUUAUAAAAAAGGUAGAAUUACUAAUAUUAAAAGGAAAUACAAUCCUAAAUAAUAUUUAUUUUAAGUUAAAUUAAUACUAAAGAAGAGGAGAGUAGUUUUGUAGGAGAAUAGAUAGAUAAUAUAAAAGAAUAAUUGAUGGAUUUACUUAGUUCGAAUAAAUGGAGGAUAAGGGAAGUUAUAAUUUAUGAAUUAUAGUAAAUGAGAUGUUUUAGUUUAUCAUAAUAGUCAUUAAUAUUAAGUGGAGGAUUGUUAGUAAAAUUUUAGGUUUAUGAGACAGAUAAAAGAAUAAAAGUAUUAUUUGAAAAUUAAAAGGGAGAUUAAUCUGUUUUGAUUAGUAAAUUUUGGCCAAGUUAAGAAUAAUAGAUAUAGAAUAAGAUAAAGGAGAAAUUAACAGAAUUAAAUGAUGUAGCUUAAUUAUUAUCGAAUGAAAAUGAUCCUAUAAAGAAAAAUUAGAUUAAAAAAGAAUAUGGAAGAUUAGAAAAGGAGAUAUAAGGUAUAUUGGAGAAUGUUUAGAAUAUCGGAAAUUAAUUAGGAAUAACAGUAUUAUUUUUUUAAGAUUUGAAAUAAGAUUUAUUAAGAAUAGAGAAUUAGAUAUUAUAAUUAUAGGAGAUGAUGGAGAAUUUAAAUAAAGAUAUUAAAUAUUUAAAGGGAAGAUCUGUGAAAGAUCUAUUAGAAAUUAGAAUGUAAAGAGUAUUAUAGUAAAGAUUGAUACAUAAUUCUGAUAAUGUUUAUAUUUAAAUAUAGACAAAAGAAAAGUAUUUAGAAGAGAAUAUUGAAGAUUCUGAGACAGUAUUAUUUACAGAGGAUCUUUUUGGAAAUGGAGAAAUAAAUGAAUUUAUAUGGAAAUAAUAAAAGGAUUCAUUAUUAAUACAUGGAUAAGCAGGAUCAGGUAAAAGUACAGCAGCUAGAAAGAUUGAAGAAUUUCUUUGGAUUGUUUAUUAAAAGAAUAAAAAUUAAUAGGAUUAUAUUCCUUUAAUACCAAUAUUUGUUUCAUUACCUUAAUUAAAAGAUCCUAUAUAUUGUGCUAUUGAAGAGACUUUAAGAUCAGAUAAUUAUAGAUUUGGUGAGCGAUAAGUUCAAGAAUUGAUAGAAGCUGUAGAACUUAAACAUUAUAGAUUGAUUAUAAUAAUGGAUAGUUAUGAUGAAUUAAAAUAAUAAUAUAUUGGAUUAAAUCUAAAUAAUUCAAAUAGACUCUCUAAAUGGAGAUGUUUUUCUGAUAAAAAUAAAUAUCCUAAAAUCAUAACUACAUCUAGAUCUGAAUUAUUUACAUUAAAUGGUUAUUGUACUUGGUUUUUUUCAGAAUCAAAUUAAAUCAAAUUUUAUAAAGAAGUUAGACUUUUAAAAUUUACUGAAAGUUAGAUUUAAUAAUAUAUUAAUGAAUAUACAUAAUUAUGUGUUAAAAGAGUAAUCAAAGAUUUCUAUUUUGCUGUAUAUUAAGAAUAAAAUUAUUAAGAAUUUGAAAAUUUUUAUAAUGAUCUAAUAAAGUAAGUUGGAUUGAUAAAUAUGUAAUAAGAAAAAUCUUAAAUGUUGAAUAGUGACAAUAUAAAUGUUCUUUUGUAAAAAUGUAAGUAAUUUAUACCAAAUGAGAAUCUAAAAACUAUGUAAUAGAUGUUGAUAGAAAUUUGGUCAAGUUGGUAGUAUCAAAAUUUUAUAAAAAUGAUGAAAUUAGAAUCUGUAAUAGAAACUCCUUUUAUGUUGGAAAUAGUUAUGGAAGUUUUACCUUAUAUUGUAAAAUAAAGAUAGGAAAUUAAUUUUAUCAAGGAGAAUUUUAUAAAGAAAUACAUUUAUUUGAGUAAGAAAGAUGAUUUAAUUUAGAAAUAGGCUUUGGAUGAAUGGUAAAGUAUUAUUAGUAAUUAAUAAUUUAUAAAUGAGUUUGUAUAAGAAUUUUAGAUAAGUUAAUAGGAGAAGAAAAUAAAACAAUAUUUUAUGAAUCAUAAAAAAUUAUCCAUUUAUAUAUAGGCUUUACUUUAAGAACCUUUAUCUACAUAUGAUUUUUAUGUUUAAUUUUUUGAACAUUAUUUUAAAAGGUAAAUUAAUAAAUUGAGGGAGAGUGGAGAAUAAAUUGAUUAUGAUUCUAUGGAAAAUGAAUUAUGGGAAUUUUCUCAUAGAUUAGCAAAUGAAAUGACAUUUAGAGAUUUAAGUUAAGUUUAAUUUUAACCAAGUGGAUUAUUAUUUAAAAAAAAUAAUAUUGAUUGGAAAGAUUAGUUUUUUAAUGAUGAUGAAAUAGGGGGUGUUUAUAAGAGAUUAUUUAGAAAAUGUAUUCCAAUAAAAUAAAAAAGUGGAAUUUACUCAUUUAAUCAUAAAUCUUUGUAAGAAUUUUUAGUAGCUAAAUGGUUUAUAGAAUUAUUAACAAAAAUAAAUUUGGAGGUUGAAGGUAAAAUUGUAAAUGUCAAAAAGGAAGAGUAAGAGGAAUUAUUAUAAUAAAAUUUCUUUUAAUAAUCAUGGAAUAUUGAUUAUAUGUAGGGUCCAAUAAGAUUUAUAAUUGAUAAAAUAAAAUUCAAUGAUGAUAUAAAAUAAAAAUUAAUGAAUUUGAUAUAUUGUUCAAAAACAAAUAAGAAUCUUGUAGUAGGUAGUUCUAAUAGUUUUUAUAUAUUGAAUCUUUUGGGAUAGUCAUUUAUAGGAGAAGAUUUUUAAGAAAUUGAAAUAUAAGGAAUUAGUUUAAAUAAUGCUAAUUUCUUUAAUUGUGAUUUCAGUAAAUCUAAAUUUUUGAAUGUGAAAUUAUCAAGAGUUAAUUUAAAUUAAUCUAAAAUAUAAAAUGUAAUUUGGAAAGGGAUAUAAGUGGAUGAAUUACCAAGAAUAGAAUCAAAGAUGAAUUAAAUAGAUUAAAUAAAGUGUAUAAAAAGUAAAGAAUUAUUUAUUGUAAGUGAUGGAUCAUAAGUUAAAUAAUAUAAUUUAUAUAAAUUAUAAGAGGAAAAUCAAUUAAAAUUAGAGUUCAAACCAUUACAUAUAGUGAUAUCAAACAAUGAAUAAUUAUUGGCAUUAAUGAAUAAUAAUGAAAUAUUAUUAUUUGAUAUAUAGAAGAAUAAAUAAUUAUAAAAAUUGAUAUAUGGAGAAUGUUUUUCAAUUUAUAAAUAAUGUAUAACAUUUAGUCCGAAUGAUUAAUCAUUAAUUUUAGGAGGUUCAGAUGGAGCUGAUGAAUUAUAAAUAUAAAUAGGAGAUGAUAAUGAAGAUUUCUAAUAAAAUUAAUAAGAUUAAAAUAUAAUUAGUAAAGGGAAUGGAAAAGAAAAUGAUAAAAGUUAAAAAAAAUAAAAAAAAGAGACUUAGAAAGUAACUGAAAUAAUAGUAUAAUCUAAACAUUUUACAUCAUUGAGUGAUGAACAUAUAUUAUCAGUAAAAUGUGCAAAGGUAAUAGUAUUUUAGCAUUAUUCUGAUACUUUUUCAAUUUAUAAUUAAAUAGAUAAAAAAUUAGAAACAUAUGAAUCAAGAUUGUAAAGAUUGAGUUGUAUAGAUAUAAAUAAAGAUAGUACAUUGAUUGGAGUAGGAGGUAAUGGAGGAGAAAUAAAUAUUUUCAAAGUUAAUUAAAUGGAUUCAUCAUUUAAUUUAGAUGGUCAUAGAGAUUAUAUAUCUUAAUUAUAAUUUUCAUAGGAUGGGAAAUAAUUAGUAUCUUGUUCUUGGGAUAAAACAAUUAGAUUAUGGAAUAUAUAAUAAAAAUCAUAGAUUAGUUAAACAACAUUUUAUUUAAAACCAAAAGUAUAUUCUUUGUGUUUGAUAUAAGAUACAUCUUUAGCUUUAACAGGAUUUUCUGAUGGAUUAAUAUAAUUAUGGGAUUUAGAGAGUUCUGAAUUUAAAUUAGAUGUUAGAAAGGGACAUAACUAAAAGAUUACAUGUGCAAUAUUUUCAUAAGAUGGUAAAUUUAUAAUAUCAGGAUCAUUUGAUAAAACAAUAAUAAUAUGGAAUACAAAGACUGGCUAAUAAGAAGGUACAAAUUUAAUUAAACAUUCUUAACCCAUAACUGCUUUAGCUAUAUCAAAAGAUUCUACUCUAUUAUGUUCUGGUAGUCUAGAUGGUUUAAUAUAUGUAUGGGAUUUUUAGAAUUUGAAAUAUUUAAAUGAAAUUAAACAUUAUGGAUCUGUUAUUGAAAGUAUUCAAGUCAUUUAAUAUAAUAAUGAAUAUAGAAUAUUAAGUUAAACAAGUGAAUAGAUUGCAUAAAUUUGGAUUAAUAAUUAUUAAGAAUCUUAUUUAUUAUUUGAUUAUGAAGAAGAACAAAAAGAAAAAAGAAUGAUUCUUGGAUAUGAGUGUAAAGAAAUUUUAAAUUUAUCUAAAGAUCUAUAAGUUGAUAUAGGAAGAAGUCAUAAUAUUAUUUAUUAUUUCUUAAGAGAUUAGAAAAUAACUGCAAUCGAAUCUAGUUAUGAUCAUUUAACUAAAUUAAUAGGAACUAAUAAAGGAAUUUUAUUAAUAAUUUCAUGGAAUGGAUUAUCUUAAUAAAGAACGACUAAUUCAUCAAAUAAAUCAAUAGAUAUCAUUAAAACAAUUAAUUCAAAAUAUUUUUUAACUGUUAAUGAAUGGAAAUUCUAAAUUUGGACAUUUUAAGAUUAUUUAGUAAAAUAUACAUUUUCUAGCAAUAAUAAUAAAACUCUGGAUGUUUAAGUUUUUUAAGAUUUUAUUUAUUGUGGAGGAGAACAAUAUUUAGAAAUUUGGAAUAUUCAUCGUUAAGCUAUUUUAAAAAAGAAAUUUGAAUUAUCUGAUUCUUUAGAAUCUAUAGGAUAUAACUAAAAUUUACAUCUAUUAUUUGCAGGAUUAAGAAAUGGUUUUAUAAUUGUUUAUGAUGUUACUACUUCUUUUUAACAAAAGGCCUUUCAAGCUCAUGAAGGAGAAAUUUAAAAAAUAUAAUGGUUACAUUCUAAAAAUAUGUUAUUAACUACAGGAACAGAUUGGAAAUUCAUAUUAUGGAGUGAUUAAUAUAUAAUCAUAAAAGAAGUAAUGGUUCAAAAUGGAAUCUAAUCUUUUUUUAUUUCUUAGGAUGAAACAUAUGCUAUAACUUAAUAAAUCACUGAUUUAUGUUUAUGGGAUUUAGAUGAUUUAUAAUAAAUUGAAAAUAUUAUUAGAAUCUAAUAAAAAAGUAAGGUUUUAGUUGUAUUCCCUUUUUAAUAAAUAUUUUGGACAGAUGAUGUUUAAAUGUGGGUUUUACCAAUUAUGAAUAAAAAGAUUAAAUAUUCUUACUUAUAAAUUAAAAGAUCACAUUUUCCUGAGGCUAUAGUUGCAACUGAUAAAAUGAUAUUGACAGCUAAUUAUAAAGGAGAUAUAUUCUUUUGGAAUUUUAAUGGGGAAAAAAUUAAAUAACCUUUUGUUUAAGAUAAAAUUCAAUUGAGAUCAAUCAAUUUAUCACAUGAUAAUAGCCAAGUCAUUUUAGCAUUCAGGAAUUUAUUUACAAUUUUGGAUUUAAAUAAAAAUGAUAUAAUACUUACUAAAGAUAUUCAUGAAACAACUUUAAUAACUGCAAGUUUUCUUAGCAAUACAGAAAUUAUAGUAGUAACAGAAUCAGAAAAUUUUUAAACAUUAAUAUAUAAUAUUAAUAAAUAAUAAAUUUAGUUACCUACUAUUAUAAAUGAACAUGUUGGAUCUAAUUUAGGAGUUUAGGUAAAUAUAGUUACUUAAACAUAUUUAACAUUUGGUAAUGAUUAAGCAAUUAGAUAUUAUGUAAAAUGUGAUAAGGAAUAUUCCUGUAAAUAUGUAUGUUCAUUAGGUUAAAGAUUUGAAUGUUAAGGAGCAAUCAUUUAGAAGAGUGAAUUUUCAUCAAAAUCAAAAGUUGGUUUAGAGGAACUAUUUAAAUAAAAGAAAGCAAUUUUGAUUGUUUAGAAAUGA